UUUAAAAAAAAAAAAAAAAAACUAUGCAGCCCUAGCGGUGGCAUUAUGUGGGCUCCCUGGAAAAAGUCUGCGGACAGGGAGAGGGAGGAGAGGGAGCGGGAGAGGGGGGACGAGCCGAGCCGGAGACGAGAGAUCAUGGCGGCACCUCUCGGACGGGACACCCUACCUGAUCACUGGUCGUACGGAGUUUGCAGGGAUGGAAGAGUCUUCUUCAUCAAUGAUAAAACUCACAACACUACUUGGUUACAUCCGCGCACCGGCGAGCCUGUUAACUCGGGACACAUGAUCCGUUCAGAUCUGCCUAGAGGAUGGGAAGAGGGCUUCACGGAAGAAGGAGCCAGCUACUUCAUCAAGUGAGUAACCG